AGCAAUUGUAUUUGCACCACACUCUAGUAUUCAACGUUAGUUUUAAAGAAAAUAAUAAACCUCACCGGUACCCAUGUCCUCCACUGAAGAUCUCCGCAAGGAAAUCGAGGCUAUGGCUUCGCAGAUCGCGGAAACCAAAAAGACGCAAGGCGCUGACAGCGAUGCAUACAAGAAUUUGGUGAAGAGGAUGGCAGAACUCCGCAGCCAGCUCCCUCAGGACUCAAAGAAGGCGAAGAAGGAAAAGGUAGCUGAACCGACCUACUUUGAGUCUCGUCUCGCGAUGGUGACAGAGAUGGGUCUGCUUGGUGCCGCGUACCCGCACAAGUUCAACCGCCAGUACAAGCUUCCGGAGUUCCGUGCGAAGUAUGAGCCUCUGCUGAAGGAGCCUGGAGAGUGCAUCGCCGAGGUUGUAACGAUCGCCGGCCGCAUCAUCAACAAGCGUAGCUCGGGCUCGAAGCUGCACUUCAUCACGCUGCAGGGCGACCAAGAAACGGUCCAGGUCAUUUCCGCUGUCACUGACUAUAAGGAUCCUGCGAAGUUUGCCGACAUUCACUCGAAGCUCAAGCGCGGUGACAUUAUCGGUGUCGUCGGCAAGCCUUCUCUCUCCAAAAGCAAGGAGUUCUCCCUGAACGCAAGUGAGAUCACACUGCUCUCUACUUGCUUCCACAUGCUUCCCGACGACUACUUCGGCCUCUCGUCCUUCGAGCAGCGCUUUCGACAGCGCUACCUCGAUUUCAUCGUCAAUCGCGACAACAUUAACACCUUCCUCGCGCGCUCCAAGAUCAUCAAGUACAUCCGCAAGUUUUUCGACGAGCGUGACUUUGUCGAAGUGGAGACGCCGACGCUCAACCAGAUCGCCGGCGGCGCUACUGCUCGUCCGUUCGUUACUCACCACAACGACCUCAACCAAACGAUGUUCCUGCGUAUUGCGCCGGAGCUGUACUUGAAGGAACUGAUCGUUGGUGGUAUGGACCGCGUCUACGAAAUCGGCAAGCAGUUCCGUAACGAGGGCAUCGAUCUGACGCACAACCCUGAAUUCACCACCUGUGAGGCGUACUGGGCCUACAUGGAUUACAACGACUGGAUGAGCGCGACUGAGGACCUCCUCUAUGGCAUCGCGAUGGAGCUCCAUGGCUCGCCGAUUGUGAAGUACGCGCCGAAGGACUCUGAGGGCAAUCCGCUUCCGGAGGUUACGUUCAACUUCAACAAGCCGUUCAAGCGCCUGCGUAUUAUUCCGGAGCUAGAGAAGCGUUUGAAGGUUUCGCUCGCCAACGUCGAUUUUGACUGCGACGCUGGCGUUCAGUUCUUGAUGGACUUGUGCAAGAAGCACAAGGCAGAAUGCCCUCCACCGUACACUGCGCCGCGACUGCUCGAUGCGCUCGUUGCCGAGUUCCUCGAACCGGAGUGCCACGAUCCGUGCUUUAUCUGCGAUCACCCCCGCGUCAUGUCGCCUCUCGCUAAGUGGCACCGCGAUGAUGUCCGCCUGACGGAGCGUUUCGAGCUCUUCGUUAACAAGAAGGAGCUUGUCAACGCGUACACGGAGCUGAACAAUCCUAUCGUGCAGCGCGCAGAGUUCGUGAAACAGAUGGCCAACCGUGACAAAGGCGACGACGAGUCCAUGGAGAUUGAUGAGGGCUUCAUUCGUGCGCUGGAGCACGCUCUUCCGCCCACGGGAGGAUGGGGACUCGGUAUUGACCGUCUGACAAUGUUCAUGACGAGCCAGGCCAACAUCAAGGAGGUACUGCUGUUCCCAGCCAUGAAGCCGGAGGGAAAGAGUGCUAUUAGCUACCCACCUGGCACGAUGCUCAACGGACAGGGUGUUCCUCGCCUGCACUAA